CUUCCUGCCCCCCCCGGCCCGGGAGCCCUUUGUGCGUUUGCAGCGGCGGGGCCAUGGCCGGGGCCGGGAGCCCAGCGCGGAGGCGGCUCCAGCCCUGCGGCCCGCGGGGCAGCGCGGAGCCCCCACGAGAGCGUCGGGCCCCUCUGGGAAAAGAGAGAGAAGCAGCCAAAGACGAGGAGCAGCGGCAAAGCCAGGAGCUGCUGAACCAGACGGCAGCCGAGAGGCAGAAGCUGGUCUGGGAGUGGCAGGAGCUGCGAGGGUUUCUGGAGGAGCAGGAGCAGGGGCUGCUGUCCCGGCUGGAAGAGCUAGAGAGAGCCAUUGUCCAGAGAAGGGAUGAGGGCGUCUGCCGGCUGUCCCGGGAGAUUUCCCUGCUCAGUGAGCGGGGAGGAGAGAAGGGGCAGCAGCCGCUGAGCCAACCCCUGCAGGGUGCCGGGAGCACUGGGAGCAGGGAGGACGGGGCGUUUCGGAAGCCAGAUCCAGGGUUUGCGGAGCUGGAGAAGAGACUCAGCCAUUUCUCUCUGAAAAGUGCCGUCCUGAAGCAGGUGCUGCUGGGAUUCAAAGAGACGCUGCGACGGGAGCUGGGGAGCGACACAGGCUGUGGAACGACAUCCCCCUUUCCCUCCAGAUGGGCCCAGCCUCCCAGGGGACGGGGAAGAGCAAUGGCUGCCGGGGAGCUGGCUCAGGAGCCAGUGGCCUUCGAGGAGGUGGUUGUGUAUUUCACCAAGGAAGAGUGGGCUCUGCUGGACCCUGCUCAGCAAGACCUAUACUGGGACAUCAUGCAGGAGAACUAUGAGAAUGUGACCUCGCUGGGGUUUCCAGUUUCUAAACCUGAGGUGAUGUCCCAGCUGAAACAAGGGGAAGAGCUGUGGAUCUCAGAUCUCCAGAGCUCUGAGGAAAGAGGGAUCCUGAGAGGAACCUGCACAGGAGAUGAUGGGAUGGUGAGUGAGAACAAGGAGCAGAAACCAAAGCAGGAAGAUGCUGAGCACAUGGAACUGCACGGGGGAUUAUCACAAAGAACUAAAGGGAUCGUGCCCAGGAGUCAUGAGGAAAGGCAGCAGGGAAACCAGGCAGGGGAAAAAGUGAGUAAAUCCAUCAGUUGUGAGGAAAAUCACAAGGACCUCAAGGAAUGCAGUGCCCAGCAGAGAAUCCUCAUGGGAAAGAGAAAAAAUAUAUGCACUGAGUGUGGGAAAACCUUCCCUGGGCUCUCGCACCUUAUUAUGCACCAGAGAAUUCACACAGGAGAAAGACCCUACGUAUGCUGUGAGUGUGGGAAAACCUUCAUUCGAAGCUCACAUCUUAUCAGACAUAAAAAAAUCCACACCGGAGAGAGACCUUAUGAAUGCUGUGAGUGCGGGAAAAGCUUCUCUGUGCGCUCACACCUUAUUAUACAUCAGAGAAUCCACACAGGCGAGAGACCCUAUGUGUGCUCUGAGUGUGGGAAAACCUUCACGCGAGGCUCACACCUUAUCAGACAUCAGAGAACCCACACCGGCGCAAGGCCCUAUGAAAUCUGGUUUCCACUUUCCAAACCUGAGGUGAUGGCCAAGCUGGAACCAGAGGAAGAGCUGUGGGUCUCAGAUUUCCAGGGCUCUGAGGAAAGAGAGAUCCUGAGAGAAAGCUGCACAGGAGACGAUGGGAUGGUGAGUGAGAAGAAGGAGCAGAAUCCAGAUCAGAAAGAUGCUGAGCACGUGGAAAUGAAUGGGGCAUUAUCACAAAGCACUGAAGGGUACGUGUCCAGGAGUCAUGAAGACAGACAGCAGGAAAACCAGCCAGGGGAGAAAGUAGUUAAAUCCAACAGCUGUGAGGAAAACCACAAGGACCUGAAGGAAACCACUACCCAGAAGAGAAUCCUCAUGGGAGAGAGAGAAAACAUGUGCCCUGAGUGUGGAAAAACCUUCCUUUGGCGCUCCCACAUUAUUGAACAUCAGAGAAUCCACACAGGAGAGAGACCUUAUGCAUGCUGCGAGUGCGGGAAAACCUUCAUUCGACACUCACAUCUUCUUAGACAUCGGAGAAUCCAUACAGGAGAGAGACCCUAUGGAUGCUGUGAAUGCGGGAAAACCUUCACUCGACGCUCACACCUUAUUACACAUCAGAUAACCCACGGAGGCUCAAGUCCCUAUGGAUGCUGUGAGUGCGGGAAAACCUUCACUCGGCGUUCCUACCUUAUUAGACACCAAAGAACCCAUGCUUGCCAGGAGCCCUAGGAAUGCUGUGAUGAUAGAAAAAAGUUUGUUCUGUUUGAUCAGCCCUUAUUAAUCAUCAGAGAAUCCAGAAAGGAGAGAGACGACUCUAUGAAUGUUGUGCGUGCGGGAAAGCUUUCAUUUACCACUCUGACCUUAGGAGUUAAAAGAUGGUUCAUGUAGCAUAGAUGCUCUGAGUGCAGGAAAAGCUUCCAUCAGCAGUUUCUCCUUUCUUAUAAACAUCAUAAGUACUUGGUUGAGGGCUAACCAUAAAUGUUGUGGUCUCUCAGCUCCCCCAGGUGAGUGGUCCAGUUUUGUUUUUUGCGGCUUGCCCUUCUUUGGAGUAAAUCUCCAGAGACCCUUUCUAUCAACUGCUUUGUUCUAUGAGUCAGAGGCAUUCGAGUCCCUCUUACGAGGGCGCUGAACACAACACCAUCAACAGCCUCAGGAACAACUCUGACAUCAUAAUCAAAAAGGCUGACAAAGGAGGUGCUGUCAUCAUCAUGAAUAAGUUGGAAUAUGAAGAAGAGGCUGCUAGAACUCCACAUUCUACAGGCCAUUACCCUCUGAUCCCACUGAGGAUUACCAAAAGAAAUGACACCAUCUGCUCAAGAAACUCCCUGAAAAAGCACAGGAACAGAUCUGUGCAGACACAUGCCUAGAACCCCAACCUGGGGUAUUCUAUCUGCUACCCAAGAUCCAUAAACCUGGAAAUCCUGGAUGCUCCAUCAUCUCAGGCACUGGCACCCUAACAGCAUAAACACCUACAAGAUCUCUAUCAAGCAUUCUUAAAACUACAAUACCCAUUGGCUGAAGUGAAAAAACAGAUUGACAGAGCCAGAAGAGUACCCAGAAGUCACCUACUACAGGACAGGCCCAACAAAGAAAAUAACAGAACGCCACUAGCCAUCACCUUCAGCCCCCAACUAAAACCUCUCCAACGCAUCAUCAAGGAUCUACAACCUAUCCUGAAAAAUGAUCCCUCACUCUCACAGAUCUUUGGAGACAGACCAGUCCUCACUUACAGACAGCCCCCCAACCUGAAGCAAAUACUUUCCAGCAACCACACACCACACAACAAAAAGACUAAUUCAGGAACCUAUCCUUGAAACAAAGCCCAAUGCCAACUCUGUCCACAUAUUUAUUCAAGUGACACCAUCAUAGGACCUAAUCACAUUAGCCGCGCCAUCGGGCUCGUUCACCUGCACAUCUAUCAAUGUGAUAUGUGCCAGCAAUGUCUCUCUCUCAUGUGCAUUGGCCAAACCAGACAUUCUCUAUGCAAAAGAAUAAAUGGACACAAAUCUGACAUAAAAAAUCAUAACUUCAAAAACCGGUAGGAGAAUACUUCAACCUCUCCAGCCACUCAAUAACAGAUUUAAAGGUGGCAAUUUUGCAACAGAAAAGCUUCAGAAACAGACUCCAAGGAGAAACUGCUGAGCUUGAAUUAAUAUGCAAACUAGAUACCAUUAACUUGGGUUUGAAUAGAGACUGGGAGUGGCUGGGUCAUUACACAUAUUGAAUCUAUUUCUCCAUGUUAAGUAUCCUCACACCUUCUUUUCAACUGUCUAAAUGGGCCAUCUUGAUUAUCACUACAAAACGUUUGUUUCUCCUGCUAAUAUCUUAAUUAAUCAGUCUAUUACUUCACCUUUUCAUGUUUUCUGUAUGUGUGUAUAUAUCUUCUUACUAUACGUUCCAUUCUAUGCAUCCAAUGAAGUGGGCUGUAGCCCAUAAAAGCUUAUGCUCCAAUAAAUUUGGUAGUCUCUAAGGUGC